UUGGGGGUGCUGCGUGGUGCGCGACGGCCCCGUGACCGUCGGCGUCCAGGGCAAGUCUGGAGGUCCGCGUAGAGCAGAGGAGUCCUGGCGAGGGAGCCCCGCCCCCGCCCCGACCCCUGGGCGACGUGGCUGGCCCCGGCACUCGGGGCAACGGAUUUAAGGGUGGAAGGACAUUGCUUACCGACCAAGUCUCCCCUCCCCACCCAGAGCCCCCCGUUUUGUAUUUGCGGGAAAAGAGACUCGCCCACGAAAGGAAAGAAAGAACAGUGGCUGGAGAAGAAAAAUGGGUACAGGACAAGCUGUUCCUACUAUUGUUCAUGGAUGAGACUUGAGCUUGACUGAGGGCCCAGAAGAAAGAUCCAGUUGAAAAGGUAAAUGAAUUUUGGAAGCGACCAUCUAAAGCCAAAGUGGCAGGUCUGUUUCGCCAAGUCUUCAAGCAUUUGUAGGCUUUGUGGAUUGGAAUUCCUCUUUCCAGCGCAUGACACAAGAUGGCUACCCCAGCUCUAGCUACUGUAUCUGCAUUUUAGCCAGCAGGAAAGAGUAAGGGAAUGUUCCUCUCUCCAGAACACAUUUUGGAAUUGUACCUAUUAUUUCUUACAUCUCAUAAGCCAAUAUUUAGUCAGAAGGCCACAACCAGUUGAAGGAAGUUUGAGAAAUGUGGUUUUUAUUUAGAAUGACCAAGUGCCCAGCUAGCUAAUUGUCAAGGUUCUGUUACAGAGGAAAACAAGAGGUCAUCUUGCAGGCAGGUGGUGAUAGGAGUCCAGGAAAGUGUUUGUUUGUUUGUUUGUUUGUUUGUUUUCAGCCUCACUAAUGAGAAGCAAGCAAGGGAGAAGGUUGAAAAUGAGAGUUGGUUGAGUUAAUCAAGUAGGCCUGCUUCAGGGAGAGUUGAAAUUUAAUGGAGCAGGAUCCUGGAGGAUCAAGAAAGGAUGGAUUCAGAGUUCAUACCUUGGGAUGUCUUCAUGCAACAACAAUAAUAAUAACUUCCAUGUACAGAGCCCUUACCGAGUGCUUUAUGUGCAUGAUGUCUUUUAAUCCCCAAGAGGCUGCCCCACUUUACAGAUGAGGAAACUGAAGUUUACCUGGACCCAACGUGUGAUAGAAAUACACCCUCCAAGAAUUUGCUUUUCUCCAGUUUUGAAUCUUUUCUUCCAGAGCAGCCUUGUUUUCGAAAUGAUUUGCAGGCUGCCAGAGGAGGACGCGAGAGGAAGUCUGGCCCUUUGGAGCCCGCCUGCCAAGCACAUCUGGAAGUGGUUUCAGGGGCCGCCUCACUUGGCCAGCAUAACGCCUGGAUUCCCAGCUGCUUGGAGCAGGGGUGGAAGAAACCUGAGCCACUCCAAAGUCGACGCAAGCAAGGUGGGGGGGAGGGUCUGGUGGGGGAGAAAGACUUUUGGAAACGUAAUAUUGGCCUUGAGGCUCUCCAGCCCUUUGGGAUUUCCAAUGGGAUCUUAGAAGCAGCUGGAGCAGCGUGAAGGGCAGCAGCCACGAUUUGAACGCUCUGCCCUGCAGCUCUUCUGGACCAAGGAGCCCAGAGACGUGCUCUCACCGCUUACCAGGUCACAGUUUUUAUCCACGUGAACACACAUGGCUUUAUUACGAAAAAUUAAUCAGGUGUUGCUGUUCCUUCUGAUUGUGACCCUCUGUGGGAUUCUGUAUAAGAAAGUUCAUAAGGGGACUGUGCUCAGGAAUGAAACAGGUGAUGACUCUGAGGCUGCUGAGGAAAUGGAAGAUGAGAUCCCCGUGGUGAUUUGUGCAGCAGCAGGGAGGAUGGGUGCUGCUAUGGCUGCCAUCAACAGCAUCUACAGCAACACCGACGCCAACAUUUUGUUCUAUGUAGUUGGACUCCGGAACACUCUGUCCCGAAUACGAAAAUGGAUUGAACAUUCUAAACUGAGAGAAAUAAACUUUAAAAUUGUGGAAUUCAACCCUAUGGUCCUCAAAGGGAAGAUCAGACCAGACUCCUCGAGACCGGAACUGCUCCAGCCUCUGAAUUUUGUUCGAUUUUAUCUCCCUCUGCUUAUCCACCAACAUGAGAAAGUCAUCUAUUUGGACGAUGACAUAAUCGUACAAGGGGACAUCCAAGAAUUGUACGACACCACCUUGGCCCUGGGCCAUGCAGCAGCUUUCUCAGAUGACUGCGACUUGCCUGCCUCUCAGGACAUACACAGACUUGUGGGGCUGCAGAAUACAUAUAUGGGCUAUCUGGACUACCGGAAGAAGACCAUAAAAGACCUGGGCAUAAGCCCCAGCACUUGCUCUUUCAAUCCUGGUGUGAUUGUUGCCAACAUGACAGAAUGGAAGCACCAGCGCAUCACCAAGCAACUGGAGAAAUGGAUGCAAAAAAAUGUGGAGGAGAAUCUGUACAGCAGCUCCCUGGGAGGAGGGGUGGCCACCUCCCCGAUGCUGAUUGUGUUUCACGGGAAGUACUCCACCAUCAACCCCCUGUGGCACAUAAGGCACCUGGGCUGGAAUCCAGAUACCAGAUAUUCGGAGCAUUUUCUGCAGGAAGCAAAACUACUCCACUGGAACGGAAGACAUAAACCUUGGGAUUUCCCCAGUGUUCACAAUGACCUAUGGGAGAGCUGGUUCGUGCCUGACCCUGCAGGGAUAUUUAAACUCAAUCACCCCAACAGCUGAUAUAACUUGACAUUCUAAAUACUUCCUCUAUAAAUAUAUGCAAUUGUCCAUUUGUAGCCUACUAUAACACUGUUUUUUCUGAACAGUACCUUUGAUACAUAUGAUCCACAAUUUAAAAAAAAAAAACCCACUGUGUGCAAAUAGUACCUUGGAUCAUAUAGAUUCUGAUUUACUUCCUUAAGUACAAGUGGCAAUUAUAAAGGAUUAUGUGAGUGAAAUGUAUUACUGUAAGGAAUUAAACCCAUGUAGAUUUCAACAACUUGCUUAACUCUGAAUGAGUUAUAUCCACAAAUUAAAAACGUUUCUAAAUAUAUUUUUCACAUGUAGAUAUUUUUAAACAGGUUGCCAAUUGCCAAUCUUGUGUUUUGUAGAUUUUUAUAGAUUCAUGUACAUUUAAAGCAUAAAUGCCUGAAAAAAAUAAAAUAUUCAUAGAUUUUUAAUGAUUUUCAUCAUUUAUAUUUAUAUAUUUAUUCUGUAUGUUAAUAGAAGGUAAACUGAUCUCAGGUUGACAAGGGGAAGGAACACCAGUAAGUCUUGCUACAGAAAACGCUGCAACUUAAGGAUAACCAUUCUUAUUAUUUUUUAUUGUAAAACCCAUCAGACUUUCAAAUGAAUUUAAAAA